AUGGCGAAUUCUAGCGUCGAAAGUCCGUCCUUUCCACGCAAUAUUUUGCGCAAAACCUGCGAGUAUUCAGUUGGCAAUUGCCCUGAUGGGCCCAUAGCUCAGCUGUAUUACUUGUCGGCAAAGAUUUACCGUUGCGUCAACUAUGCGUUCAACACUCUGCAGCCCUUCGAUAUGUUAAUUGAGGGAGAGCACACCUCCAAUGCGCAUCAGCGAGUUCCCAUCUCAUUAAUCAAGUCGGAGGUGGAGGAAAUGAUAAGGAUGAAUAGCCUAGCUGGGCAAGGCUAUCGCUAUGAUGUGAGCGCUAAGGCAUGUGACGACUCUGACGACGAUGAGAACGGUGAUCAGGACGGCGAUUCGGUUGUUACAUCGCCCAGCGGGGGUGUUUCGUUCGACUUUGCUAAUGUAGCUGUGGACGAUUGCGGAGAUGAUUCUGCAUUUGUAACACGACUCGAUGCCGAAGGGGAAAAGCUGCCGCCAGAUAUGGACGACUUUGUAGAGCUCCUCCUGGCGUGCGCUAAGGAGAUUUCCAGGAGGCAUUGGAUAACGCUCACGCACUAG